AUGAUUCCAGGUGGUGUGACCAGAACACAUGCAGCAAAUUCCUCUGCUCCAAUACAUGAUCUUUCGGCAAAACCGACUGAUGAUCCACAUCGCACUCCUAAAAAAUGUGUAGAUACUCUAAAAAACUGUGCAUCUUAUCCAGCUGAAAUAUGUACCAGUGCUGAUUAUCGAUUUUGGAUGGAAGACCACUGCUGUGCAUUUUGUAGCGGUGACAGACCUACAGGAACAGUACCUUACGUACCACCAACACACUCUGGAAUAUGUGAUAACCAAAUAGACUGUGAUGUAUAUGAAGAUUCUGCAUGCGUUGGUGUUUUCACUCCAUGGGCAUUUGAUAAAUGUCCGCUUAGAUGUGGCUACUGUUCUCACCCAGAACCAUGCUUUGACAAAAUAGAUUAUUGCGAUCAAUACACGAAAGACGUGUGUAUAGUAGAUACUUAUAGGAUUUGGGCGAGAAGAAAUUGUCGGAAGUACUGUGGUAUUUGCUAUAGUACUGGCACAUACGUAGAACCAACGGUAAACCCCCAUCAUGUCCACACCGAGGCACCUUACACUGGGUCAACUAUCGCUCCCAUUGAGGGUCCUGGAAAGAUCAUAGCUUCACAACAGACCUUUCUAGUAGAAGGACCUCCAUCUGCACUUCCAGAUAGAUGCAUGUAUAAAGGUAACAAUUAUAUGCCAAAUCAAAAAUGGAAUGAUGGGUGUAGUUAUGUGUGUUCAUGUUUCGACACAAAAACUAACAGAAUGAUUUGUACAGACAGGUGUUCAAAUUGGGAUAUUCAGCUUCCUAUCAAGAACUGUUCUCUUGUACAAGAGCCAGGAGAGUGCUGUAAACGACUGGAAUGUGAACCAGAAUAA